UACUAUGACAGCCAGGACGCUUAGGCAGGGCCUGAGGCCAGUAUAGAGGCCAAUGCUCCUCCCGUCCUUUGCAUGGCACCCAAGAAAGAUAAAGGAGGGGCUCUGAGCAACAGUUCUAAGAUAUGGGAGCCCUCACUCAUUUCUGCACACUUCAAUCAGAACGAUUGGAAGGCUUCCAUCGCUUUCGUGAUUGGGAACCAGAUUGAGGACGAUCUUCUCAUCCGAGCCCUCACCCUCGCCGUCCAGGUCCCUCAGCGUAAACUCUUCAGUGUGGUAUCAUGGCAAGACAUUCUACAGCAGAUCGAUGAGGUAAACGCACUUGGAACUGGAGCUAAGAAGGCAAAGAAGCCUGCAGGCAGUAGUGCACCCUUGUUUUAUGAGGUACUAAUGGCGGCAAAAGCAAUUAUGGACAGUGGAGAGAAAUUAACCUUGCCACUAAUGGGGAAACUCUUAAAAUUUCAGCUCCUCCAGAUUAAAGUUAAGGACCAACAGCGACGGGAAAAUGAAAAGAAGGUGGUAGAAGACAGAUAUAAGUUAGAAAAGGAUAAAGGGAAAGGAAAAUCUCCCAAAGAGAAGAAGGCCCCAAGUGCCAAGGUUGCCAAAGGAGGAGGAGGAAAGGGAAAGGAGCAGCCUGAGGCAAACGCAACAGUGAAAAAGUCCACCGAGUUAAAACGGAGGGGAGAAGAAGAUGACACCAAACAUUACAUUGAUGAUGAGCCAGAUGAUGGUGCCCAGCAUUACAUUAUAGUUGUGGGCUUCAACAAUCCUCAACUAUUAGCGAUUAUGAUUGAGCUUGGCGUUCCCAUAAGCAGCGUGAUUAAAAUAUCUUCAGAGAAUUACGAACCUCUGCAGACACACCUGGCAGCAGUUAGUCAGCAGCAGGAAGCUUUUCUUCAGCCAGAAGAUGUACAAGCAGAAAAACUGAAGAAAGAGAAUACCAUAAAAGAACUUGAAAUCUUCUGGAAGUACUUGGACCCAAUCCUGAAUAACGAGAAACCUGAAACAAAUCUCUUUGAUGUUGCUCGACUUGAAUACACUGUCAAAGCAGAGGACUUUCCUUCAGACUGGGCGGAUAGUGAGAUGAUGAUGGAAUUGGGUACCUUUAUUUUUGAAAAUAUUGCUUGCUUGAUGUAUGACAGCCUGGAUUGGAAAAGGCAGCACCAGCAUUAUUUGGAAAAUAUGCAGCUUAUUAAUGUCCCACAAGUGGUUCAUGAGAAACCUAUCUUUGAAGCUUUAUUGAUUUCUGAGGCACCACAACCUGUUGCUGCAACAGCUGGAAAGAAGAAAACACAAUAUGAAGAACGGCAAGCUCCACCACCAGUGACUUUCGUCAACACAACUGAAGUAGACAUGAGAUAUUACAAUGAUUUGUUGAAUCCAGUUCCAGAGGAAUUCAUUUCUGUGCCCCUGAUAGUGCAUUGUAUGCUUGAGCAGGUUGUGGCAACUGAAGAAGAUCUUGUACCCCCUAGCCUGGUGGAGCCACUCCCCAGAGCAGAUGGCUUAGACCACAGAAUUGCAGCUCACAUGGUGUCCAUCCUGCCCUCUCUCUGUCUCUCAGAGAGGGAGAAAAAGAAUCUCCACGAGAUAUUAUUAUCCGAAGAAGAAAACGAAAGCAAAGUGGUGCCCAAAGGCCCUCUCCUACUGAACUACCAUGAUGCACUUGCCCACAAGAAGUAUGCACUAAAGGACCAAAAGAAUUUUGACCCAGUUCAAAUUGAGCAGGAGAUGCAGUCCAAGUUGCCACUGUGGGAAUUCCUUCAAUUCCCACUGCCCCCACCGUGGAACAGCACUAAACGUCUAGCUACAAUUCAUGAGCUCAUGCACUUUUGUACAAGUGAAGUCUUGAGCUGGAAUGAAGUAGAACGGGCCUUCAAGGUAUUCACAUUUGAGAGCCUGAAACUCUCUGAGGUUGAUGAAGCAGGAAAACUGAAGCCUUCUGGGAUGAUGAGUGGAACAGAUUCUGAGAUCUUCGACAUACCAUGGGACAACCCUGCCAGAUUUGCUAAACAGAUAAGGCAGCAACACAUCAUGAAAAUGAACAGUCAAAAGGCCAAGCACCAAAAAGAUAUUGAAACUGAAGACAGAAUAAUAUUUGUGAAUGAGGCUUGGUUAAAGUCUAUGCAAGAUGAUGAGACCAAAGAUGAACUUUCAGAUACCAGUCAGCCUGAUGCUAGUGAUGUGAAGGAUUCUAAUUUGAGUAGUAUGAAACCCUCAGACCCCUACAAUAGAGAGGUGUCAGAGCAGGAGAGCAGCAUCAUGAAGAGUCAGACCCAACCUGAGUCUCUGGAGCAGACUACGGACAGUGAGAUCAAAGAUGAAGCAGUCACAAAGGCUGAUUCUCUUGAAAAGAAACCGAAGAAGAUGACGGUGGAAGCAAAUUUAGAGGACAUAAAGAAAACGCAGCAGCGCAGUCUAAUGGACUGGAGUUUUACUGAACAUUUUAAACCGAAAGUACUGCUUCAGGUUCUUCAAGAAGCCAAUCAGCAAUACAGGUGUAUUGAUUCCUAUUACCAUACCCAAGACAACUCUUUACUCUUAGUCUUUCAUAACCCAAUGAACACACAACGUCUGCACUGCGAAUAUUGGAACAUUGCUCUUCACUCCAAUGUUGGAUUCAGAAAUUAUUUGGAACUUGUUGCAAAAUCCAUUCAAGACUGGAUCACAAAAGAAGAAGCUAUAUAUCAAGAAUCUAAAAUGGCUGAGGAUAUAGCUAGGACCAAGACUGACGUAGAAAUCAAAUCUUCUUGCAAAAUUUCUUCUCCUAGCAAAAUCUAUUCUCCUAAAAAAUCUAAAAGUAACAAAGGAAUCAGCAAAGUAGAGAUAUCAGAGAGUGAAAAAGAGAAAGAAAAAGAGAAGGAAAAGAUUCCUUUCAUUUUAGAAGGCUCUCUCAAGGCAUGGAAGGAAGAACAAGACCGAUUAGCAGAAGAGGAGCGCUUAAAGGAAGAAAAAAAAGCAGAAAAGAAGGGUAAAGAAGCUGGUAAAAAGAAAGGCAAGGAUAAGGUAGAGAAGGAAGAUAGUAAGUCUUUAAAGAAAAAAUCUUCUUUCAAGGAUAGAGCUAAAGAGGAGCAAACAAAGCUUCCAGAACCAACAGAGGAGCCCAGCCAGCAAUCAGAACCUGAAAUAGUUUACCCGUUUCGAGGAUACAAUAUGGGAGAUGUACCCAUCCAAAUCUCAGGGACAAAUUACUAUCUGUAUCCUUCGGAUGGAGGACAGAUUGAAGUGGAAAAGACAUCAUUUGAAAAAGGCCCAACUUUUAUCAAAGUGAAAGUGAAAAAGGACAAGCACAGUUUUAUGAUUCACUUAAAAGACCCUGAAACAAUUGUGAAAAAGGUAAAUAAAAAAGAGGAUCAUUCUUCAGAAGAAGAGAAAGAAUUAAAAAAUGAGGAGCCAAGGCCUGAAACAGAAGAAUCAAAUGUCAAGAAAAAAGCUAUAAGCAAGUUUGGAUCUUUUACUGCCACCUUGGAAAAUGGAAUCUGCCUCUCGAUAAGUUACUAUGGAUCCAGUGGAAUGGCUCCAGAGGAUAAAGACCAUAACUUGGAAACAAUGUUGAAUAUCCCUUCAGCACUUACUCCAACAACCAUUCCUGUUAUAGUGACUAUUCCUCAAGGCAAAGUAAAAGGAGGGAAAACAAAAGGCAAAGAAAAACCCAAAGAAUCCAUUAAAGAAGAGGAGCACCCAAAAGAAGAAGAGAAAAAGGAAGAAGUAGAACCAGAAUCUGUUGUACAAGAGACUGUUUAUGUUCCCACCUUCCAAAACCUAAAUGUGUCUUGCCCAAAUGGGCUCCUAUUGACCUUCAUUGGGCAAGAGUCUGCGGAUGAAUAUGUUGGGCUUGAGGAACCCUCUUGGGACAUCAUGGUCCGACAGAGCUACCCGCAAAGACUGAAGCACUCUGAGUUCUAUAAAGCAGUGAUGCCACCAGUGGAGCAGGAGGCAUCGAGAGUUAUCACCAGUCAAGGCACUGUUGUCAAAUACAUGUUGGAUGGCUCCACACAGAUUCUUUUUGCAGAUGGGGCUGUGAGCAGUAGCCCCGAUUCAGGUCCUAUUUGUUCUUCUUCUGAAAUGCCAACAAGCCCUCAUAGCGGAGAUUUGAUGGACUUGGUUUCUCAGCAAAAAUCAGAAACAGUACCAUCUGAGACUGUCAUCACCAAGAAGGGAAAAGGUCACAAAAAUCAGUCAUCAGUGGCACAUAAGAAUGAAAUCCAUGAACCUCCCCCAGAGAUAGUUCAAACGGUAACUCCUGUGGAGGUUCACGUAGGCACCUGGUUUACAACCACACCUGAAGGAAAUCGGAUUGGCACCAAAGGAUUAGAAAGAAUAACAGACUUGACCCCACUUUUAUCCUUUAAGGCCACAGAUCCUGUCAAUGGAACGGUUAUGACAACUCGAGAAGACAAAGUGGUCAUUGUUGAAAAGAAAGAUGGUACUCGGAUAGUGGAUCAUGCUGAUGGCACCAGAAUCACAACAUUUUAUCAAGUUUAUGAAGAUCAUAUUCCUCCAGAUGAUCAAGAAACAACUGAAGGUCUUCGGACUGUCACCAGGCAGGUGAAGUGCAUGCGGAUAGAGAGCUCACACUAUGCCACUGUUAUCACCAACUGCGAGGACAGUAGCUGCUGUGCCACCUUUGGGGAUGGAACGUCUGUUAUUGCAAAGCCACAGGGAACAUACCAGGUGUUACCUCCAAACACAGGCUGUCUUUAUAUUGAUAGAGAUUGUUCAGCUAUAUAUUGCCAUGAAUCAAGCAGUGAUAUAUACCAUCCCUUCCAAAAGCGUGAGCAACUGAGAGCUAGCAGGUACAUCAUGAAGCACACGUCAGAGAUUAUCUGUGAGGUCAUGGAUCCCGAGGGAAACACUUUCCAGGUCAUGGCUAAUGGUAGAGCAUCAACUAUGUUACCUGAACAAAAAUUUGAAGAGGAUGUAAGUUCAAAUACUGAGGGCUAUGAUAGUUUAUCAUCUCUUCACCUACAGAAGAAUCGUCUGCAAAUUUAUGGUGAACAUGUCCCUAGAUUUUUUAUUAUCUAUGCUGAUGGAUCAGGAGUGGAGCUUCUUCGAGACAGUGACAUAGAAGAAUAUCUAUCCUUGGCGUAUGGAGAAUCCAUGACUGUAGUUCUCCAAGAGCCAGUACAGGAACAGCCAGGUGCCCUGAGCAUCACAGUCCUUCGCCCUUUUCAUGAAGCAUCGCCAUGGCUAAUGAAGAAAGAAUUAGAUACAAUUGUUCCUCCUAAUCUCCAGUCAAGGACAUGGGAGACAUUUCCCCCAGUUGAGAAAAAGAUUCCAGGACCUCCAUUUGGCACUCAGAUUUGGAAAGGCCUUUGCAUUGGGUCCAAACAGCUAGUAUGUGCCCCGGCCCCUAUACUCAAGAGUCCCAAUGUGUUACAGAUCCGCCAGUUCAUCCAGCAUGAGGUCAUAAAGAACGAGCUGAAACUGAGGCUGCAGAUUUCCCUUAAGGAUUACAUAAACCAUAUUUUGAAGAAAGAAGAUGAGCUACAGGAAAUGACAGUUAAAGAUUCCAGAACUGAGGAGGAGAGAGGCAACGCUGCAGAUCUCCUCAAGUUAGUCAUGUCUUUCCCUAAAAUGGAGGAAACUACAAAAAGUCAUGUUACUGAAGUUGCAGCCCACCUGUCCAAUUUGUACAAGCAGUCUUUGGCUACAACUCCAAAAUGUUCACCGGAAUCAUUUACUAAAGAUUUCUUUGAAAAGAAAUGGAGGCAUACAACAGCAUCAAAGCGCUGGAAAGAAAAGAUACAGCAAAAGAGGGAUGAUAUUGAAAAAACAAAAAAUUAUCUAAAGGAAAUCAGGAACAAAACAGUACCACACUACUUCAAAUCUGAAUUGAGCAUGUUAUAUCAGUCUCAGUUUAAUUAUCUGGAGAGCCUUUCCAAAAAACUGCCUCCUUUGACAGAGAAAGAUGAGGAUGCAAACAAAACAUGUGUUCAAAAUACAUCUAAUCACUCUCCAGAUUCUGGGCCACAUAAAGCUUCAGAACAGGAAUCCUUAGACACGCUUAAUCCUCCAAAAUCAGAGAGUCCUGUGGCUAUUUAUGAAUCCACUAGCCAGAACCAACCUGAAAAUUUAACAAAAUCUACCAAAGAACCAGAAGGUUAUGUGCCUGUGAAAAUUCCAACCCAGUCAUUGCUGCAAGAUGUUGUGGGACAAGCAAGGAAAAAUAAAGUGAAGUUGCCUCGUUAUUUACUGAGCUCCAAGCCCAAAUCUCAACCUCUCCCAAAGGUGCACGAUUCUGUUGGAGGAAAAGUGAACACAUCCUCUGUUGCAUCUGCUGCCAUUCAUAAUGUAAAUUCAUCCCCUUUUGGAUUCCAUCUCCUCCCAUCAUCAGUAAACUUUGGAGUUCUUAAGGAAGGACACACCUAUUCAACCAUCGUAAAGCUCAAGAAUGUUGGAGUGGACUUCUGCAGGUUUAGAGUGAAGCAGCCCCCACCCAGCACAGGACUGAAAGUGACUUACAAACCUGGGCCUGUAGCAGCUGGUUUGCAGGCAGAACUAACAGUGGAGUUAUUUGCCAUGGCUGUUGGAGAGGACGGUGCCAAGGGAUCAGCACACAUCUCUCACAGUAUUGAGAUUAUGACUGAGCAUGAUGUUCUCUUCUUACCUGUGGAAGCAACAGUUUUAACAAGCAGCAAUUAUGAUAAAAGACCAAAAGAUUUUCCUCAGGGAAAAGAAAAUCCCAUGGUCCAGAGAACUUCUACAAUUUCUUCUUCUACACUUGGGGUCUUCAUGUCUCGUGAAGUUUCUCCACAUUAG